UCACUCCGACUCUCCGCACAUCGCUCGGGUUAUGCAACCCCCAUCGCGGCGGUAGCCACCGGCGCGCCCCACGGCUCCGCCCGCCCCGUCGGGGCAUUUCCCCCGGGACUUCGCCCGUCCGGAGGCACCGGGACCGGCACCGGGACAGGGACAGCGACAGGGAGCGGGGCCGGGCCGAGCCCGGCGGGUGGUGCAGCCUCGCCCCACGCCGAUGCGGAGGACCGGCCUCGGGGAAGUCGCGGCUCUCCGAGGGGCCGCUGCCGGGCGGUGAGUAGAGCCACGGCCGGGACCACGAGGGGAACCGGGGCAGUGCGGCCCCGGGCCGGGCAGGUGCUGCGGCGGACCGGGCUGUCCUGCCGCCGGGCCGCGCGAGAGCUCGCCCUCCGCCACGCCGGCUGCGUUCCGUUUGCUCCGCUUUUUUAUUUUAUUUUUUGUGGUGACGGAAACGCUCCGACGCUCGUGUGUGACUGGUGGCCCGCGGAUGGGGGUCCCGUUCCGCUGCGCGGGGCUGGCGGCGGUACCUGCGCCUGCAGCGCACCCGCCGCGCCGCUCCCCGCCCGCUCCGGCGCAGCUCCCCGCGGCCGCCGAGCCCCGUCCGCGCCGUGGCAGCCCGGAGCCCCGCGCUGCAUACGGGCCGGAGGAAAGGAGCGAUCCCCCUCUCGGUGCCGGACAUCCGCAGCGUGACGCCGGGCUCGGCUCGGCUCCGCUCGGCUCUUCCCUUCCCGUCGGCUCCCAGCGCCGUGAUUGACACGGCCGCCCCUCCGCCCGCCCCGAGCACAUCCCGGCCCUCCCCGCCGGCCGCUCGCCGUGCCCGGGAGGCGGGGAAGGGCCUCCCCAGCCCUUUGACACCGUCUCGGCAGGAGUUUCACUUCGCUUUCGCCGCUGCCGCCGCCGCCGCUUCUGCAGGCAAACACCCCCGGCUCCAUGUGACGCCUCCCAGCCACUGAACGGGGAAACGCGCCUCUAAGGGAGCCACUUUCCCUACGUGCAGGAGAAAAGGAGGGGACGGGCGGGCGGCAGGAGGUGGUGGUUGGGGGGAAGGGAAGAGAGGAAAUAAAUUAAUAAACGGCAGGGAAAGAAGUUGAGUGGAGAGAAACGGCGGCCCCGGGGAAAAGCUCCGUGGGGUUUCCACCGAUCCCCGCUCCCCUCUCCCGCAGGGCUCGAUGCGGCCGCUGCGGUGCGCGGCACUGUGCGGAGGGCCCCGGGGAAGCUGCGUGCUCCCCAGCGCCCUUCCCGGGGCGGGGGGGGGAAGGGUUGGGGUUUGGGUUUUUUUUGUUCG